CCGACUCUGGCGAAUCGAUAUUCCGCUCAAAUAUUGACUCCGCGAUUGUGUGUGCGGUGUGUCGCGAGAGCGAGCGCGCGCGAGAGAGAGUUCGUCCGUCCUGUGCAGAGUUAGGCGGUGAUGCUCCUUUAAAAAAAGUGGAGUGCUCCCCGAGGUGAGCGCGUGCGAGUGCGAGAUACGCCGUCUCCCGCUGCGGAGAGAGCGCGAGAGUGCCAUAACGAAGCUCGUAAGGAAGCGUAGUAGGAAAAGGUGCGUAAGUCACGUUGCGCGCGGAUAGACAGACGAUCUCGCGUAGUGACAAGAGGAACAAGGACGAGGACAGUGGCGGACGACCGGACGAUCCGCAGCGGAGGAAAUAUGCUGCCGCGGACGACGACGAGCACGCUGCUCUGCGGGCUGCUGGCCUUGUGUGUCGGGCUCACCCACGCGAGCAUCGCGUCCGCCUUCGAGUCGACACCUCCGAGCUCCUACAACGAUCAUGGUGGAGUUCCACGACUGGAUCUGGAGAGCCUCGAGAGCGGAUAUCAUGGCCUGGUCAAGGAGAACGAAACUCUGGUCGAGGUCACGCCGCAGAUCCGCGCCCUGGGAACGAAAGUUUUCUUCCGCAUCGCGAACAAGCAUCACGGCGAGGCGCCGUUUGAGAUUGUCCUGAAGGAGAAGGGGAUGGCCGAGCUACGUGCGUUUCGGGUCCUGAAUUGUGAAAAACGUCGUAAUUACAAAUUCGACAUCGCCGCGGUCGGCUGCAACGGAGCGCAAUCCGAGAACGCCACUGUUCACAUCACCGUGGUCGAUGUCAACGAAUACGCGCCGCAAUUUCUUCAGCCAGCCUACGUCAGCACCGUGGACGAGGGUCGCCUCUACGAGGAGGUGGUCCGGGUCGAGGCAUCCGAUCGAGAUUGCACGCCCAAGUUCGGCGACGUCUGCAAGUACGAGAUCCUCACCGCCGACCAGCCCUUCAUCAUCGACAGAGGUGCCAUUCGUAACACCGAGCCCCUGGACUACGAACGCUCGCAUAACUACAUACUCAGCGUGGUCGCGUACGACUGCGGCAUGAAACAAUCUGCGCCGGCAAUGGUUACGGUCAAGGUGAAUCGCGUGUGCGCACCAGGAUGGCGCGGCAUCCCCGAGAGAGUCGACUACGCCGCCGGAGUUGGCUCGCAGCCUCUGUUACCUUCGGCGCGACUCGAUCUCUGUGACGCGCCCUGCAUCCUGCGAAACGUGCGAGCCACCCUGACCCUGGCCACCGAUCACAUCGGCAAGGGUUGCGAUCGGGAUACCUAUGGAGUGCGCAGCCAACGGAAAUUGUGCGGCGCUUCGCGAGACAGCGUGGAUCUGCUGCCUACUCCUGGACCCACGAGCUCCUGGACGGCAUCCCUGUCCAGAGACGAAGGUAGAGAGGCCGACGAGAUCUUUGAGUUUGACGGCGUGGACUCGGCGGCGAUUGUGCCGAGCGAUGUGUUGGUGCACAGCCUGGCGCAGAAAUUCACCAUCGGCGUCUGGGUCAAACAUCGACCGCGUCCGCGACAGGAUCCGCAUGUCAAGGAGCACAUUCUGUGCGCUGCUGAUGAUCACAAGAUGAAUAGGCACCAUUACGCCCUGUUCAUAAGGAACUGCAGAUUGAUUUUGCUGCUGAGACGCGACUUCUCCGAGGGCGAUCCCAACAUCUUCCGCGCAGCCGAGUGGCGUUGGAAGCUCAGCCAGGUAUGCGACGACAAGUGGCAUCACUACGCGAUCCAGGUGGAUUUCCCGCGCGUUAACUUGUACGUCGACGGCGAGGAGUGGCGCGCCGACGACAAGAAUCCCGAGGUCAUCGACGAUUGGCCACUACAUCCGGCCAAAGGCGUCAACACCACCCUGGCUGUCGGCGCGUGCUGGCAGGGUUCCGAGAACAAGACUAAACAUCAUUUCCGCGGUUACCUCGCCGGUCUCUCCGUCUUAGUCGGGCGAAACGAGAAACCGGAAGUGCUCUCCUGCCUACGACGCUGCCAGGAGGGCAUCCACGUGCCGCCCAUGGAUCUGUCACCGGGCACUCAGCUGCUGACCAAUUCCGACCUGACCGAAGUGCGGAUCGACGGUGACAAUCGCACGAACGUGGAGACUCUGCUACGUCGUAUCGGCUAUUCCAAUUCUCGACGUUUCCCGACGCCUGGUCGCCGUAACUUCCGCCUUGACACGACAAUCGUCUGCGAGGGCAGUGAGAACACGCCUCUACCGGUGCCGACCGUGCAAUCCUACGUCACUGUACUACCGCCUCCUCGACCGGGCAUCACUGUCAACGGCACCGGUUACGUGGCCAGAGAGUAUGCAGACUUCCGGCUGGGAGUGCGCGUAUUCCCAGACGCGCGGGUCACCGCCGGAUCGGCCGCCCGAUUGGACGCCUGCGCCGUCAGCGUUUAUCCGAGCCUUAAUCCCGAUCACGAAAGCCUGGGAUUACCCGCUGACGCCCUGCUCGCAUUCCACGACAUCUCCGCCCGCGUUGCGGACGGCGUCGUUCUCUCGGGCGCAGAUUCGCCCUACAACUAUCAGCAGCUGAUCCGUCUUAUCAUGUACACGAAUCGCAAGCCGGCUUACUAUCUCGAUCGCGUCUUCAAGCUCACUUGCUCCGAGCUGAGUGGUCGCUUCGCCAGUAACGAGUACGUGCAGACGCUAGCUGUGAUCCAUCAGGAGAAGACGACUGUUCCUCCGACACCUGCGGAACCGCCUAUUGCCAGAAUCAUGGAACCGGCACCGGGUCACGCGCAACUUUCGCCGCAUCAUGCCGAUCUGACGGAGGAAUACGCCACAGCCGCGCUUCGCGAGGGCAGUAGAACUAUCGGCGGCGCCGGUGGUAGCCACGCUGUGACCAUCGUGGCCGCCGCCUGCAUCGGUUUUCUACUGCUGAUGGCGGUGGUGGGCGCUGCGCGGGUCCGCGGAGCGGCUAAACGACGACGAUCCGCUGGUGACGAACUCGCCGCCGAGACAGAGAUGGCCUGGGACGACUCGGCCCUUGCCAUCACCGUGAAUCCAAUGGACAGAUUGACGGAGCACGAUCAACAUCACCAGAGUCAACGGGAGGAGGACGUGGACGACUCCGGCAGCUCCGACUCCGAGGACGGCUCGUUCCGGGAUGACGACCUCGACAGCUCCGACUGCGAGAACGAUUGCGAGCUGAGCAACGGCCGGCACCGCCGUCACAAUUCGCCGCACGAUCUGGAAUGGGAUCAUCGUGACGUUUAAAUCACCCUACCUAUCUCUACACUGAGCGCAUUCACAUCCCCCUUUUUCUUCGCGGUUUUUGGCAUUUGAGAAGAGUACUGGCCGCGUGUCGCUUUCCGCAAAAAGAUUGUUCCAGCGUUUCUCCGACGGCUAUCGGCAAGUUUCGCGAGUUUAUUCCGCGGGAGUAAAGAGUUUCGGAUCAUUGUCUACGCGGACGUUUCUCGUCGAACGCGAUUUUGCAUUCGUCCGAAAGAUCGUUCGCUCGAAAUUCUCUUCCCGUUGUAUAUCGGAUAUUACGACGCGUCGAAGAAAUUAGAAUAUUUACUACGCUUUCGAAUCUUCAGAAGAUAGAGUACUAAGGUUUAAACGUUCUAACGUGCUUUUCAUACCGCUCGAUCGACUCUCUAAACGAUUAUUAUCCCUAUUUACUGUGCGCUCGCGAAAGCGUUAUCGCAUUACAUCCGUCCCCUUUUCGUAGACGACGUCGGUACAAUUAUUACGAAUAAAGUAAAGAAAUGAGACACAUAUACGGCAUUCAGUUAGUACUCGUCUGAAGCGCCAGGAAAAAUCUGUAAGAGUGCGGGACGCUUUAUCGAAUAGUUAAAACUCUUUCUACCUACGAACGCACGUCGAUGUUUGGUAGAAUCGGAAAUACACGCAGAAGAUACUUAAAACAUUGCCGAGAAUAUAUUUACCGGCAAUUAUUAAUUUAUAUUCUUGACUCAAUCAUUGAUAGUAGAGUAGAACAAAAGGGGACUUUUUUUAUAUCCCUAACUCUAUCUUUUUCUCCUUUUUACUCUAUAUCCUACGGUUAUUGCUAUUUUAUUACUCGUACUAACGAUUAUAAUAAUACGCUACGAUUAUAUCCAAGCUACUUUAUAUCAAUAGUUAUUGUUUUCGUUAUUAUUUUUUACAGGCAGGACGGUCCGUUAGCCGAUAGUUUUUAAAUGCGAAACAGUGUUGAAGCAACUCUAUAUUCUUCCUCGUCUUAUCGACUAAACCUUACUUAAGACCCACAUGCAUUUGAUCUCAUGAAUGUAAUUCUCUUGCAAUAAUUGUGUCUUUCGUAUUUUCAUCAAAAGCGCUCGCGAGCUACGAGUUGAUGUAAAACUAUAAAUCGGCAGCAAAAACGCGCGCGAUAGUUUACGAAGUAAGCUAAAAAAAAGCUGCUCGCUUCAGCGUAGCACGUGAGUCUGGGCUGAGUCUGGGCCACACGAUAACUUGCCCAAUUUUCCAUCUUUAUUUCUAAGUCGUUAAUCCUGCGAUAAGUUUUUUCUUUUGCACACAAUGUUCGCUUCUUUUUCAUUAGAAGAAGAGAGAAACUUACAAUUGUCACGCAUUUUAUGAUAGUGCUUCAACGUCGUUAAAGUAAUCAGUAUAACAUCAUAUCCGUAUACAAUUGUGUGCGCAUACGAAAGCGGCCGCUUUUAAUUAAAAAAGACGUACCGGUCAACUAGUCCGCGAAUACUCGGAGAAAAUUAAAUUCAAUAAUAGAGAGCGAUACAUAACGCGAGGGAGAGCAGAUGCUUCAUAUGUUACGUAAUUUUUUCCCGAGGUAUAAAUAUUCAUUUUUAAUUAAUUAAAAUUAUUUGACACGUGAAGAAUCGGCUUGUAACGCGAAUAUAUAUAUCUUUCCCUCGCGUUGAACAUUCUCUUAAUUUCUCCUACAAGUAUUCGCGAAUUAACGGCAGGUACCGUACGCACCCACACGUGCUCUACAUACACACAUACAUAUAUAUAUACACUAUAUAUACAGUGUCCAUUCAUUAUUUCGUGGCGAAAGUCUCGUCUCGAGUAGUAGACGAUUAUUCUAAAGUAAUGCGCAGCGGCUGGAGAAGCUAUCAGCUUCUCUCGUUUAUUUUCCCCGACACAAGACGCGUCAUAUUGUGCAAUCGCUCUCUUUUCGCAGAGGAAACUGAGUUUUACGUGCCUUUUAAGCAGUAGUACAUUGAAUUCUCCGCUCCACGUCUAAGUAUUGUAUUUUAAUAGCUAAUCAUCUCUCAGGCCGCGGCGCGUUUUUUCUCAGUGGCCGCUCUAUAUUGUUGUUAUCGAGACCUUUCGCGGUUGCCGAUGGCUCUCUCAUCCGGUGUAUACAGUUUAUUUAUACGAUUUAUUGUGAUUACAACUUUCGCGUCGGUAUCGCGAAAAGUUUCGAUUGUAUUUUUAGACAUUUACGGCUGUUAGGAGUUAAGGAUCGGACGACGUCGUGCUUUCGCUAGACGUGGUUUCCUGGUUUCCGUGCGACUUGUGGUCAUCGUCGUCGUCGUCGUCGUCCGGCGAGCUGUCACGAGUUUCGAUAUACAAUGCCUGUCGAUGGUUUCGUAUCGGAAAACGCGUCAUACACGUGCAAUGAUUGCAGGGUACAUUAACUCUGUCUCUCUCUCUCUGUCUUUCGAAAUGGUGACAUGACGACUGCGCAUUCGUACUCGCCACGAAGUAAUGAACGGAUUUCUGUGUGUAUGUGUGUGUUAUGUAUGUGUGUGUCGGCGUAAUAAUUUAUAACUAUACCGAAUCGUUUGACGGAGGCACUUAUAGGUGUACCGAAAGAAAAACUCGUGUACGGAUAUAUCUAUAUUCAUAUUUAGGGAACUAUUGUAAUGAACAAUUUAUUUUUUCAACGAGCAUAUCAUAUCAUUUUUAUAAAGGGAUUCGGCGUUCGAAAAACGUUUUUUGGGAAAUCCUUUCGUCAACGAGCGAUCUUGCAAUUCCGCGGUCGCGAAAAAAAAAAAGAAAAAGAAAAACGUCGUCGCACUUUGCCACAUAUGAGUGAAAUGCAAUUUCUUUCUCGUUUAGUGUCCGCGAUUCUCCAGGGACAAAUUUCUUUUUUUUCCUUACCUCCGUUUCUGAAGGGAAGAAAGGGGGGAGGCUAUUCUAUAUAACGAUACACCCUCUCUUACGCAUUUCUCCGAUUUCACGCGAGAGCAGAUGCAGAAUUUCAGAUUGUUCUAAACGAGAAAACCGAGGUCGAUGACUAUUGUAAGAAAAAGAUAAGGACGCGUAUGAUCGUUUAUCUGUUCCUGAUAACACCAGAUCGCAUAUACACUUAUAUAUACGUAAAAAAAUACCGGUGUGUGUACUGCUUGCUUUUAUACUAUAUUUUCCUUUCUAGCAUUUUCCUAACGUGAUAUCAUUAUUAUUGCAACGCGACUCUCAAUGCGCGCGCGUGUAAUGUAUAAUCUCGUAUUUUAUAAAGAUCUAUAACGCAACACACGCAGUAAAGGUAUCGAUAUAUAAAGUUCAAUCAAGAUACUCGACUUCCGCAUGAAUAUAUAUUCUCGGAAGAUCCGAAACACAAUCGAGGAAAUAAGAUCUGGCCUUUACGACUGUGUCUAAAUUAGCUUACGUAAAUGUACACACGCGUGUUUGUAUGCUUAAUCUUCGAGCAUAAGUGCACGGUGAAUUAAACAGAGAGAUAUGAGAUUCCUGUUUCGUUUGAUCGUCGUACAAGCGAUAUUAUAUCAUAAUACUUGAUCAUCGUACACACGACACCGUAAUGAUACUACAUACACCCUCUUCGAGUGCACGAUGUCGAGGUAACGAAGUUGAAAGAGAAGCGAAAAGAUCGGUAUGAAAAAAAGAUAUUUCGCUAAAAAAAAUAAUAAUUGUACUCGACCGUAUAUGUAGGGUAUCCCUUUUUUUACACAUUUUUUAUCGGUCUCUUAUCAUCCUUUUCUUUUCUGUUUUCAUCAUUUGAAACAUUUACGAUUUAAAGAGAUCUUUGUAUAUUAUUAUAUAUACUUAUUCUAAAAAAUAUCUUCUAUUUCAACAAUAUCUCUCUUAUCUUGUUGUAUGGAUAUUUUGAAAUUAGGAGUAAUAUGUGUGUGACAGAAUAUUACUUGAUAUCGAUAUAUGUAUAGUUAUAACUUAUAACUUAAGUUGUCUAAAAGUCGAAUUAUUAGAAAAAAAGAUAAAUGUGGUAAUAAGAUAUUUAUAUAAUUUAAAUACUGUAAAAUAAGGGGCGCCCUAAUUCAUGCGGACAUCUUUUCGCUAUUCCGAAAGAAGUUUCUUUCAAUCGAUAAUCAAGAGGUAAUUAAGAUGAAAAAGCGAAUUCGCAAAGACGUAAAACUAAUCGGGUGCGCCCGCUCUAAAGAUAUGUACUUAAUUACUAAUUAACAGGAAACGGAAAAACACUACGCAGAAUAAAACCAACUAGAUGAUACUAUUAUAUAAUAUGUAUACAUAAAAAAAAAA